AGUGAUGUCAUUGGCCACACAUGGGCACCUCAGCCAAUGACACGCGGCUGAGGGAGGAGCAUGCGCGUUGCCCCGCCUUCACCAGGUCCAGUUUUCGGAACAGGAUUGAACCGCUUUGAACAAUGGGUGGAAACUUAAGAAAAGCUACAAAGAAACACCCAAUAAAACGCAUUUCUGCCUUGAAAAUUUCUAACAAAGCUGCGGACACAUCGUCAUCGCCAUAUUGCAAGGAGGUGAAACGCUGUCGGGAAUAUGAAAGUGUUGGCUCUGACUUUUCUGUUUCAAAUGUUUGGUCAAAGUUUGUGCCAAAAUGGAACCAGACCCAACAUUGUGAUGGUGAUGAGUGAUGCAUUUGAUGGGCGAUUAACCUUUGAACCUGGCAGCAAAGUUGUGCAGCUGCCAUUUGUGAACUACCUCAGGGAGCUUGGUACCACAUUCCUCAACGCUUACACCAACUCACCGAUCUGCUGCCCGUCAAGAGCAGCAAUGUGGAGUGGUCAGUUUGUCCACCUCACGCAGUCAUGGAACAACUACAAGUGUCUCGAAGCUAAUGCAACAACAUGGAUGGGUUUGCUGGAGGCGAAUGGAUAUCUUACUAAGAUGCUGGGCAAGCUGGACUACACCUCAGGGAGUCACACUGUCAGUAACCGAGUUGAGGCCUGGACACGUGAUGUUCAGUUCCUUCUGAGCCAAGAGGGCCGACCAGUUACGCAACUUGUUGGCAACAUGUCAACAACAAAGAUCAUGAGAAAAGACUGGAACAACACGGAGAAGGCUACGCAGUGGAUCCACCAAAGAGCUGCAUCUUCACACCAGCCCUUUGCUCUUUAUCUUGGCCUCAAUUUACCACAUCCAUAUAACACCAAAUCGCUGGGGCCCACAGCAGGAGGAUCCACCUUCCUUACCUCACCAUACUGGCUAGAAAGGGUGUCGUCUGAGCUCAUCACUGUACCUAAAUGGUUGCCCAUGGCUGCCAUGCACCCUGUUGACUACUACUCCACCUUCACCAAAAACUGCAGUGGUGUUUUCACUGAGGAGGAAGUCAAAAGCAUUAGAGCCUUCUAUUAUGCCAUGUGUGCUGAAGCUGAUGCCAUGCUGGGUCAAGUGAUUUCAGCCCUGAGAGAGACUGGCCUGCUUAACAACACUGUUGUGAUCUUUACGGCUGACCACGGAGAGCUGGCCAUGGAGCACCGGCAGUUCUACAAGAUGUCAAUGUUUGAAGGCAGUUCCCAUGUUCCCCUGCUGAUCAUGGGACCUGGAAUGACAUCUGGCCUGCAGGUCAACCAGCUUGUGUCUUUGGUUGAUCUCUAUCCUACUGUUUUAGACAUUGCUGGUAUUUCAGCAGUAGGUACCCUCAGUGGCCACUCACUCCUUCCUCUGCUGUCCAAGGCCAGCACUUACAAGAAGCAGCAUCCAGACUGGGUUCUGAGUGAAUAUCAUGGUUGUAAUGUCAACGCCUCCACAUACAUGCUUAGAAGUGGCCGGUGGAAAUAUAUUGCCUAUGCAGAUGGCCUGAGUGUCCCCCCACAGCUUUUUGACAUAACAUUGGACAAGGAGGAACUUCACAAUGUAGUUCUCAAAUUCCCAGUUGUGCAGGCGUAUUUGGACAAGCUCUUGCGUAGCAUUGUAGACUAUCCAAAAGUCUCAUCAACUGUCCACCUCUACAAUAAAAAAUCAUUUGUUGCCUGGCGGGACAGUUUGGGCAGGAACUACAGCGAGGUCAUUGCUAACCUCAGGUGGAACGUGGAUUGGCAGAAAGAUGCGUUAGCCAAUGAGAGAGCUAUUGACAAGUGGCUCUAUGGCUCUGUGUGAUUUUUUUUUUUAAUGGUUAUAUAAUGAGCUGGACUCAAACAAGAACUUGGACUUUUAUGCUCACAACUGGAGCAUCUCAAAGUAUCGCUUUUUUAAUGCCCUGGGCUCACACUUUGGCAAAAUCUAGACUUUUACUGAUAUGACACAUAACCACACAAACAUGGACACAGACUACCGGUGGGACUUUACAUGACAUAGAUUAACUUUCUUCCUUUGUUCAUUUCCAAGUUUCAGAGUCAGAAUCAGAAUUCCUUUAUUUAUCCCCGAAGGGAAAUUCUUUUUCGUACAGACAUUGCACUUGCAGUAUUCCCGACCAAGAAAGAAAAGUGAAAGGUAUAAAAAUAGGAUAAACAAA